AUGACGCGUGGCGACCGUGGCGGGGUGCAGGGGGCCCGCUCUGGCGGCAUGACCCACCACAUUCAGGGCCCGCACCUCGUCCCCAACGUCGGGAGAGAGGCCAUGCUCGUGGCCGAGGUCAUCCGACGGAGGCCUCCCAAGGCGAAGGCGAAGUCCUCGAAGCCACAGGCUCCUUUGGUCCCUUCCGUCCCUUCUUCCGAGAGGAGGGGGGAAAAGGCCCAGGCCAAGCCGAGGGAGAAGAGGAAGCGCAAGGACUCCGAGCGAGCGCGAUCCAGCUCUGUUCCGCCCCGCAAGUCACGUUCCAGAACGCAGGUGCGGCCGGAGCAUGACAGCCCCGACGCAGACGGAGAGGAGGACGAGGCUGCCGAGGAGGAUGCGAUUGAAGGAGCCCUGCCAGCGUUGGACGUGAACUCUGAGCACGAGGCUCGGAGGAUUGAAGAGGAGAGGAGACAGUUGCAGCGCUUGAAGGAGGUUCAGGAGAAGAAGCGCAAGCAGGAGAGCGAGCGAAGGAGGAACUUGGGAGGAGUCUUCGCGUUGUCUGCAGACGACUUCGACAAGGAGGAGGACGAGCGAGCCAAGCGCGCGCAGGCGGCGCAGGAGGAGGCCCGGAGCGAGAAGCAGCAGCUCCGUCAUCCCACGUCACGGACGUCGGCUUCGCAGCGGAGAGAUGAGAAAAUGGUGCUCGACGACGGCUCUCCGGGAAGUGGCUUCGACAAAUGCUGGAAGAACUGGGACUUCACGAAAGCGGAAGAUCCGGCGGAAGUGGCCCGGCAGUUCAUGCGCGUCACUGCAGCCAAGCGGAGGGGCUACGGCGGCGCGGCCCGCGACGCCCGCGACGGCGGCACCCGAAACGAACGGCCGGAGCGCGAGAGACGCCGCAGCCGCAGUGGCAGCCGCGGCCGAAGCCGAAGCCGCCGCUGA